AUGGGCGCCGUGUGGUCCGCCCUGCUGGUCGGAGGCAGUCUGGCCGGGGCGCUUUUCACUUGGCUGUUAUGGAGCGGUUCUUCCGGAGGCGAGCAGGAUGGCGGAGGGAAAUCGAGUCCCGGGCAGGAACAGAUCACCAAACCAUCAGAGCACCUUCAAGAAAGCAAUGGAUGCUUGAUUUCAGAGACCAAAGGCCUUGGUAACCUAGGUGACCUGCAGGAAGCAGCAUGGAGACUGAAGAGUUCUUCUGGAGGAGACAGUGAUGGUGACAGUUCACAAGAGCAUGUUCUUUCUGGACAGUCUCUAGACACACAAUCUCUAACUACCUUGGCAACUGGUCACUCUAAAGGUUAUAUUGAAGUUUCAAAAAAUGAUCCUAUAGGAGAAUGGGGAGUCCAAAAAGGACAACAGAUGCCUGCUAAGGCAGCUACAUGUUUUGCAGAGAAGUUGCUUUCUAGCAACCUGCUAAUGGACAGAACUAAAGAAGUGAGUCUCCCACAUUCGGACAGUUCAGAACUGGCUGACCAGGAUGACUGGGAAAUGGUGUCCAGACAUUCAUCUUGGGGAGAUGUUGGUGUGGGUGAUAGUCUUGAGGCUCUCCUGUUAAGCCCAAGUCAAGGAUUGGACUAUGGCAGAGAUGUUCGUGAGGAAACAAGAGGACAGGAAGUAGAAGUGAGAACAAAAAGGAUAGCAAGGUUUCCAGAGUCUCAGCAAGUUAGUGUCAGGUUCCAGAUUCACUAUAUCACAGGCACUGGUGAGCAAUUCAUUGCAGUAACUGGAGACCAUGAGAGUCUUGGGAGAUGGAAGGCUUAUAUCCCACUGCAGUAUGACAAGGAUGGGUUUUGGUCGCAUUCUGUUUCCCUGCCUGCCAAUACAGUGGUGCAGUGGAAGUUUGUGGUGGUUGAGAAUGGGGAGGUCACCCGCUGGGAAGAAUGCAGCAAUAGAUUCCUAGAGACUGGCCUUGAGGAUAAAAUGAUUGAAGAGUGGUGGGGGAUUCUUUGA